GUUGUUUACUGGUGUGUUGUGUUGUCUGUUGGUUGGGAUGGGUUGAUGUUAUGGUGAUACGGUGAUUGGUGAACUCAUUCAGUGGUUUUGUGGUGUUUUUUACAUUUUGUUUUGGCAACUCCGCAAAAUAAGGAAUGUUCAUAUCCAGUUUACAGUGAAUAGAAUUAAAAAUUCAUCAAAACUAUGAGUUCUUCAGAAGUUAAAGUUAGUGACCCUAAACACAGUGAGAAAGAAGUUCAUACAAAAAAUACAGUGUUAAAGGAUAGCAGUGGUUGGGAUACAAUCGGCCGUCUUUCAACUUUAAAGCGAAACCUCAAAACAUUGUCUGCUCACACCACAAAAAAACCUCCAGACGAAAACAAAAACAAAAAUGAGCCUUCACGAUUCCUGGGAGAAGGGGUGAGUUACAAAGCCAAGCUGAUCGGUAUUCUGGAAGUGAGCGACCCGCGUGGCGACAAGAUGUGUCAGGAGGCGUUGGCUGAUCUGAAGAUGGCGAUCAGGGCGGCGGGCGAGCACAAACAACGUAUCACCAUCAACAUAGCGAUAGACGGACUGAGGCUGCGGGACGAGAAGACCGGGGAUUGCUUGUACCAUCAUCCAGUUCACAAGAUCUCCUUCAUAGCUCAAGAUAUGUCGGAUUCUAGAGCAUUUGGUUAUAUCUUCGGCUCACCAGACACGGGGCACAGGUUUUUUGGAAUAAAAACAGACAAGGCAGCAAGCCAGGUUGUCAUUUCAAUGAGAGACCUGUUCCAAGUGGUUUUUGAGCUGAAGAAGAAAGAAAUUGAAAUGGUUAAACAGCAUAUCGAACAACACCAGAUCAAAUAUGGAAUGGGAAUUUACGGGGACUCUCCAUCGUCAAAGGCAUCGAACGAUUCAGCUUCUGCGUCGAGCAAAUUAAAAUCAAUCACGGAAGACAGUUCGAAGGACAACGCUUCUAAAAGUUCCGCCCCUUCAGAGGCAAUCGCAGACCUGUUGGAUUUAGAGUUUGAAUUGAACAAUAUUCAGCAAGGGUUAAAUCAGAUGGAGCGAAUAACACCCUCUGAUCCUUUCGGAGACUCGUUCGCUCCCUCCGUGACCAAGCUGGCUCCCCCUCCCACCAAACCUACUCCUUCGCCUAAAGAGCGAUCUUGGCUAGACCGCGAACCCUCCCCCCCACCCCCCGCUCAAGAACAGCACUGGUUCGACCGAGAGACCGAAGCAUUGUUUGAUGACGGUGAAAUACCGACCUCUCCCUUAACUGCUCCCCCCGUCCCCGCUCCGACUAAUAAGGUUGCGGAAAAGGAAGAAGAAGCAACUCAAUGCAAAGAAUCCAUUCAAAGCAGCUUACUCAAGGAUCAGUUUGAUGUUUUCACGGAUCUGGAUCCCUUGGGCACAGGUAAAAUAAAACCAUACAUCGACAAGAAGGACUUCUUUCAAGAAUUGAAAAAUCCACCAAAAAAGGUACUUAAAGAUCUUGUACCCGAGAUCGGCAAGGAAGGUACUCCGCCUCUUUUUCAAGUUAGUUUUGAUAGCAGCUCUGAACCGACGGAGGUCAAAGCUAAAGAUUCAUUUCCUCUGGCAUCCAAUGCCACUGACCCAUUUGGUGAUGAUCCCUUUGAUAAAACUGAUCCUUUUGUUGACAGUGACUUUUCUAACUCUGCCGGAUUUUCAGUGACUCCUAAUUUGAAUGCAGAUCCAUUCGACACAGGGUUCGCAGAUUUCAGUAAUUUUUCAGAACAGUCAGAUUUUAGUGCCGCUAGUUCUUUUGAUACGCCCAAUAGAAAGUCACCUCAACUUUCUGAGGGAAGCCCUUCUGUGCACGGCCCUCUGAGAGUGUCCCUUCCACCAGAGAAACUUAGCGACUCGCUAGACUUGGGCUCGCCCAAACAGUCACCGAGUCCUCCUUCUUCAAGAAACAAAGGCAGAUAUGCUAGACUUCAUAAGCAAACAACGUUAUCUGGCUUGGUCAAACUACCAAGUCCCAAACAGAAAGCUCGGUCUCGGAUCACUAAGCAGACUACGUUAGAUUCUACGUUUGACAGAAGUUCACCGGUGAUGGAGGGUGUUACAUUGAGAAACAAAGGUAGAGGAACACCCUCUCCUCCCACUGUGUCAUUGUUUGGAGAGUUAGCUCCGGAGCCCCCGCCUCGGCCUGCAGUGACAAGUACUCUUAUCAAGCCCCCGCCAUUGCCUCCGAAACGUCAGUUGCAAGGUGCUGUUCUUAAACCUCCACCUAGACCUCCUCACACUGAUGAACACCCGCACUAUGAUUACAUCGAGAACUGCGAAACCUCGGGUGAAAUUUUCUCAGAUUCAAAAAGUCCUCCUAUUCCGGUACCAGCCCGCCGACCACGCUUUGGAGGAGAUGAAUCUUCAGCACCUAACAGACCUUCAAAGACAAGUCUGUCAUCUCACAACGAACCAGAAUAUUAUCUGACUCCCUUUCCUCUGCUUCCCCCUCCUCAAAAGAAAAACUUAUCCCCUAAAAAUUCUACUUCGAGAGAUUCAUCUGUGUCUCCUAGACCAUUACCUAAAAAUGCAGUUAAUUCUUUGGACAUAACAUUGAGUCAGUUGAGUAAGACAGGGUUUAGUGACUUAGCUGCGACUCUAAAUAUGUCACCCACUAGUCUGUCUAAAAUGACGUUACAAGAACUAACUAAAUGUUUGCAAAACUUAUCUGACGCGCAGAAACAAAACCCUUCUGCGGAGGAGUUUAUUGAAGACAAUGGUAAAAUUAGAAAAAAUGUAUUGAAGAGUGAACAGUAUUCGGCGCUUCGGGAAUCUCUUGAUGAGGACACACCCCCCUUUAAAGCUGAAUUUGAUUCACAUUUCAGCGUGUUUUCAGAAAAGAAAAAAGAGGAGGAAUCGUUAUUUGAUAAGUAUGCUGUUUUCAGGGAACUACUGGAACAAGAAAAGACACUGUUUGACAGCCCACCUGUUUCCUCAACAGCUAAGGAUCCUCCACAUACUCUUCUGCAAGAAAAAGAGGAUGAAAUUAUACCUGAAAUCAAACAUGAACUUGAAACUAAAAGUAAUGUAUCAAUUAAAGAAGUCCAAAUAGCUGAACCUUUUACGAAACCCUCAGAAGACAGGUAUGCUGCUCUAAGAGAUAUUAUUUUAGAUGACUUUGACAUUUCAAGAGAAAAUGAUUUAGAUGAAUUAGAAGAUAAGGAGAGCGAUAAAGAAGAUAGUAUUAAUGAUGUUACAAGGUGUGAAGAUGAGUUGGAUACUCUAACAUUAUCAAGACCUCAUAGUGAAAGUACCGAUUCACCAACAGCAACAAUAAAAGAAACCCAAUCAAUAAUGGAAUCAACGAUACUUGAGGAGGAUGCAAGUGCUUUAGAUGAUGAUGACGGGCCAGACACAACUGGAGAGAUUGGUAACAUGUUGCCAACAGUUGCAGAGUCCAACGAAAGUAUCGCAGGAUCUGACUCACCUGUGCAGAAAGUCCCUAAAGAACCUAGUGUAAGUUCCUUGCAGUCAUUGAAGGGUGAUAGUUUUGUAUGUAAUAGCGUCAAGGAUAAAGAGAUUGACUAUAAUAGCUUAGGUGAUGGUUGGGCCAAAUUUGACAAUGGCCCUGCAGAAGAAAAACCAAACAGCGUACAUAGUGAAGGAAACGUCUCCCCUUGGUCAGUCGAGGGUAAAGAAGUCCCAAGAGAUAGAACUUCCCCUGCUUGGAGUACUCAGCCAGAGAAAAAGUCUCGUAAAGGAAGACGUCACAAAGCUCCACCUAGCGAAUGGCAAGACGAUGAAUCUGAAGAGGGAUGGGAGACCCGUAGAAGUAGAAAUCCUUCAUGGGGCGAACCUCCUUGGAGAGAAAAUGGAUGGAGUGAUGGUGACUCCAUGUAUGAUGACACUCCUCCUUACGAUUUCAAGCAUCAUCCUCAAUAUCAUUCACAACGAAGAGGUAGACGACGUAAAGUUUCACCUUGGAGGAAAUCAUCAAGAGAUCCUUCACCUUGGGAAGAUGACGAUAGGGACUUGAGUGAAGACCAGUGGGAGGGCAAACGAUGGGAUGAAAACUCAUGGCAGGCAAGACCAAAGCAUAGAGGCUCUUCAUGGGAUGAAGAAAGAAGAAGAGAAGACCCUAGAAGAGAUGACUCUAGAAGGGAAGACUCAAGGAGAGAAGAUUCGAGAAGGGAAGAUUCAAGAAGAGAGGAUUCUAGAAGAGAAGAUUCGAGGAGAGAAGAUCCAAGGAGAGAAGAUUCAAGAAGAGAAGAUCCGAGGAGAGACGAUAUUAGAAGAGAGGAUUCUAGAAGAGAUGAUUCUAGAAAGAGAAGACCAUCCCCCUGGAGUACUGAAGGAGAAAGGAGAAGUAGUAGAGAAUCGUUAACUUGGGAAGACGAUGAAAGGUACUCUCGAAGGAAUUAUCGAGAUAGAAGAAGAAGGAGGUACGAAGAGUCAGGAUAUCCAAGGAGGGAUUGGCGUGAACGAGAUCCAGGAAGGAGAAACUAUCCUUAUUAUAGAGAUCGAUCUCAGUCACCAUGGGAAGAUGAAUUUAGUGAACAAGGUGAUGAAGAUUCACCACGUUGUCAAACUCGGAAGCAAGUGUGGCCCAGAUCAACAGCGAGGAACAGUGAGGAAGAGCAAUACGACAGAAGAUACGUCAGACCUUCUAGUCGAGAGGAACAACACAUCGCUGAAUCAGACACCCAUUGGGCGAGGAAGUCACAGACUCUUCAGAAUCGUUCAAAAGUCAAUAGAAAUAAAAAAAGAAGUCAGAAUUCUCCUUUUGAAGACGAUUUCUCAUCACCGAACUUUGUAUUUUCCAGUGAUAGGAGUCCAGGAGCUGGCUCUGAUUUUUCAGAUCAUGGAAGUAAAUCCGUCCAGCAAAAGCCAACACACUCGUCACCAGAUGAUGUGGGUAAAAGAAAAGAACUGUUUUCUGACAGUGCUGAGUUUAGUCCUUCUGAUGGUAGAGUGCCUACCCCUAGGAGUCGUCAGUCACCGUUUGAAGAUGACUUUACUCCUCAAGACGCAAGGCGAACAGGUAAUAGGAAUAACUCAAGCGAAUUAAGCGACAAAAGAGUGCUUUCAGAAGACCAUAGAUCUAAUGAUGAUGUAUUUUUAGCGAGUAGUUCUAGUAACGAUGUUGUUAAUAGGCCACGAACAAAGCUUGAAAAGAACGUUUUAGAUCUUUCAGCUUCAAAAAGGAAAACAAAAAGUACAAUUAACGAUCAAAAUGUAGGCAAACUCAAGACUGAAUCGGAACUCUUAAGUGAUGAAUUGGCCAGUAAACGUUCAAAUGACAGAAAGCAGGCUCUUGAAUCCAAAAGAGUCUCCAAUCAACAUAAAAAUGAAUCAUCUUUAAAGUCGGAUUCGGUCAACAUCUUUGCUAGAAGUGGUGAUCCUUUUGAUGAUGAUUUUUUCAGUACAGAAUCCUCCAGUGGGACACUGAAAAAGAGCAAAGAUGACAAACACAAAAAAAGCGAUCCAUUCAAAUGGACCGAGGCGUUUAGUGCAUUUAAUUUUGACGAGGAAGCCAAAUGAUACAAUGCAAAUCGGUAUCACGAAACUGUUCCUAUAUCUGUGGGAAUGGGGUCAUUCUAUGUGACCACCACCCUAAAAGAGUCCCAUAUAGAAUCAAGCUGGUCUUAGUCAAAUCUUGUUAGGGUUAUUGUUUAUUGAUGGAAAGCUUUUAUAAAUAUUUUAUUUAGAUUUACUAGUAUUCUUGUAUUAUUUUUAAGCCAACUGACAAUUAAUGCAGGCAUCUUAGAAGUAAUCUAAAUCUGAGCUUUGUGAUCUGAAAAUUACUAAACGUAUUUAUAAGUCAUUGUAGAUUACUCUCUAAUUAACACCAUGUUAAUUUAAGAAUUUGAUAUUAUUAGUUUUAUUUACUGUUAUUUUUAGAAUUUGUUAGCCUUUAUGUAGAUUGUUUUAAUCAUAUUUAUGUUUUGUAUGUUCUUUGUACGCUUAAUAAUUUUCUUAGAGUUUUAUUUGCAUGAUCCUAAAUAUUUUAAUUUUAUAGUCUAUGUAGAGUUUUUUUUUGUUUUUAAAUCAAUUUCUAAGAGAAGAUAAAAAUAUUUAAUAGCUGAAUGUCAAAAAAUGUGUUUAAGUAUAAAAAGGUAAUUUUUUU